AUGGAGACUUGGCAAUAUCUGAUAAACAAGGUGCAAAAACAGGAACUAGAAUAUAUAGCUUUUACCUUUAAACAAAUAUGGCAGAGAAUAAAUAAAUGGGUGUUUGAGAAAGUAUUUAAAAGUCCUACAGAAGUGUGGACAGCAGCAAGGAUAGAAUGGAAUAAUUUCAUUGAGGCCAAGGAUGAUAUGGGAACCAGAUCUCUACUUAUUCAUCAACCUAUUAGAAGAGAUGUCGAGUGGCAACCUCCUGAUGAAGCCAGAUACAAAGUCAAUUGGGAUGUUGGUUUCAAAACCUCUACCUCAAAAAUGGGAGCAGGUAUAAUCAUAAGGAAUUUUGAGGGAGAAGUCAUAGUAGCCUUAAGCAUGCCUCGUGCUCCAGUGAGUGAUCCAAGUGUAGUAGAAGCUAAUGCCCUAUGGAGAGCUGUUGUUUUAUGUGAGGAAAUUGGAAUAACCAAUGCAGUGUUUGAAGGUGAUGCAAGGAACAUUAUCAGUGAAGUGCAACAAACUGACCAGAGCUUUGCUUGGUAUGGCCAAAUUAUUGAAGAUAUUAAGUUAAUAUACAAUACUAGGCAGAGAUGGACAAUACAAUAUGCUCCAAGAGAAUGUAACUUAGCUGCACAUAAACUGGCUCAAUUUGCUAUUCAAUGUGAUAAUGAGUUAGUUUGGUUAGAGGACAUUCCAGAGUGGAUGAAUGAAUGUAUCCAACUGGAGAAAAAUGUAAUUCUGAGAAUGAAUAUAUGA